AUGUACUCAACGAUUCUCCGGGAACGAUCCGGAUCCAUAUGGAGCCUAAUCCUCUCUCGAAACAUGGGCGGCGGUCCCAGAACCUUCCCGGGAGGUCUCAACAAGUGGCAAUGGAAACGUAUGCACGAGAAGAAAGCCAGAGAGAAAGAGAACAAGCUCUUGGAUCAAGAGAAGCAGCUCUACGAAGCUCGGAUCCGGUCAGAGAUCCGAGCCAAGAUGCUGGGAGGAAACCACGAUUCCAACGAAACAAAGGCGAAAUCGAAUCAGAGCCACGGACCGUUGAGUCCCCAAGAACAUAUCAAAUCCUUGGCUGAUCGGUUUAUGAAAGCCGGAGCUGAGGAUCUGUGGAACGAAGACGAUGGGCCUGUUAAGAAAACGAAUCAAGGGUCGAGGUUGAAUCGCGUGGGGAAUGGUGGGUCGCGUUCGAAUUCGCCGAUUGAUGUGAGGAGUCUGGUGGGUAGGAGAGGGUUUUCGAGUGUGAGUCAUAGAGGUAGGUUUAAGAGAAAUGAGAGUUCUUGUGAUGAAGGAGAGGAUUUUGAUUCGAAAAAGUUUGAUACUUUGAGUCCUUUUUCUCCUGGUUUUGCUGGUAAGAAGGAGAAAGUGAAGAGUGUGAGUAAUGUUAUGAGGAACAAAGGUUUGUUUGGGAGGAGGAAGUUUAGGAAGAACGAUAGCUCCACUGAAGAAGAUUCCGAGGAAGAUGAAGGUGAUGGGAAGAUGAAUGGGUGGAUGGAUGUGAGGAGAACAGGGAGCAGUGCGUCGUUAGGGAACCAUGAUUUCAAACUUAUUAAAAGAGUGCAAAGGAAUGUCACUGAUGAAGAGCUUUAUCCUCCUUUGGAUAUCAACGACGUUAGAGAUGAUCUCAGUAAAAGAAAGUCUGUGGAGAAUGUAAUGGAGGUGGAUGGAGAGCCAAGUGACUCAAUUUACAGUGGAAGAAGAUUUGAUGAGUCUAGUAUAUCUCCUUUGACUCUGAAGGCUCUUUCUGCUUCUGGCAUUGUUAAGAUGACUAGAGUACAAGAUGCCACCCUCUCUGAGUGCUUCGAGGGUCAAGAUGCAUUGGUCAAAGCCAAAACCGGAACAGGGAAAAGCAUGGCCUUUUUGCUUCCUGCAAUUGAAACAGUUCUGAAAGCUAUGGAAAUCAGCAACGGCGUUCACAGAGUUCCUCCAAUACUCGUUCUUAUCCUCUGCCCCACAAGAGAACUUGCAAGCCAGAUAGCUGCAGAAGGCAAGGCUCUGCUCAAAUACCAUGAAGGAAUCGGUGUUCAGACUCUGAUUGGAGGUACCAGGUUCAAACUUGACCAGCAACGCCUACAGUCCGAUCCAUGCCAGAUACUGAUUGCAACUCCGGGAAGGCUUUUGGAUCAUAUAGAGAAUAAGUCUAACAUAACGUCACGUUUGAUGGCGCUUAAGUUGUUUGUAGUCGACGAGGCUGAUCUCUUGCUAGACUUAGGAUUCAGGAGGGAUGUCGAAAAGAUCAUAGAUUGUUUGCCUCGUCAAAGACAAUCUCUUCUCUUUUCUGCAACCAUUCCUAAAGAGGUCCGUCGAGUAUCUCAGCUUGUUUUGAAAAGAGAUCACUCAUAUAUCGACACAAUUGGUCUCGGUUGUGUAGAGACACAUGAUAAGGUGAAGCAGUCUUGUCUUGUUGCUCCACACGAAUCUCAUUUCCACUUAGUACCUCAUCUUUUGAAAGAGCACAUCAACAACACAGUCGAUUAUAAGAUAAUAGUGUUCUGUUCAACCGGUAUGGUAACAUCACUGAUGUACACUCUGCUCCGGGAAAUGAAGCUAAACGUUAGGGAGAUUCACGCUAGAAAACCUCAGCUCCAUAGAACACGUGUGUCAGACGAGUUCAAAGAAUCCAAAAGACUGAUUCUUGUCACGUCUGAUGUGUCUGCCCGUGGAAUGAACUAUCCAGAUGUUACUUUGGUUAUUCAGGUCGGUAUACCGAGUGAUAGAGAACAGUAUAUACACCGGCUUGGUAGAACCGGGAGAGAAGGCAAAGGAGGCAAAGGGUUGCUUUUGAUUGCUCCAUGGGAGAGAUACUUUCUUGAUGAGCUUAAAGAUUUGCCAAUUGAACCAGUUCCAGUUCCUGAUCUUGAUUCAAGAUUUAAACUUGAGGUUGAUCAGUCAAUGGGUAAGAUUGAUACAAGUAUCAAAGAAGCAGCAUACCAUGCUUGGCUGGGUUACUACAAUUCGGUUCGAGAAACCGGUAGGGAUAAAACCACGUUGGCUGAGUUAGCUAAUCGGUUUUGUUAUUCUAUUGGUUUAGAGAAACCUCCUCCUUUGUUCCGUAAAACCGCGGUUAAGAUGGGUCUCAAAGGCAUUUCCGGUAUUCCAAUUCGAAAAUAAACCGAACCGGGUUUUGAUGAUUUACAUUAUCAUCUCCUCCAAUGUAUCAAAAUUGACUGUGAAAGAUGUGGGUUAUGUAAGAGUUGAAUACAAAAUUUAUUAAUUUUCAUUAUUUUAUUUGUUAAAUGUUAAGUUUUGAAUUCGAAAAUAUAAAUGUGAUAUUGUCAUUUUUAA